AUUCACAGUGAGGCAUAAGGAACUGAAAAGGAGUAAGAUCUAAAUGCCUCCAGAAGCAUUUGUAUUUGAACAAGAGAUAAAAGAACUAAUGGCUCUAUCUCUAAUGGAGGAAAUUGACACAGCAAAGUAGAGAAGCAAAGGAGAUAGACAGGGCACCAAGGAAUUAGCCUAGUGACCUCAAAAUCACAUCCCAUAGCACAUUUCAUUUUUCCUGGGCAAAUUACCUCCUUGGGUUUGUGGGCAAGCCCUUGCCCACAAAUACAAAUGCUUCUGGAGGCAUAGUUGCAGUAAUAAAUAGGAAUGUAGCUUUGGUUAUGUAUUUAGCAUAAAUAAUAUUAAUAUAUAUGCCUUGUCAAAUCAAAUGCAUUUAAUACAUUUGUAUAGUGUAAUGACUGUAAUUCCUACAUAUAGUUAUUGUCUUUGAGAAACGAGUGAAUAAAUAUAGCUGGCACUAGGCAGGAACUUUCCGAACUGUGUCAAGGUUAAUAAUAAGUAAAAUGUUAUAAGUGGAGACAGGACAGCAACAGCUGCGCAACAUUCUUGGAAGCAAAGACUUUGAUAGCAUGAAGUCAGACAGUGAGCUUGUUUUUGUUGCUCCUUUGGGUGAACAGAGAAUCCUUCUAAUAAUUAUAAGGAAAACGGUAUUUUUUUUUUUUUUUAUAAAUUACAACAGUUUUUCACUCAAUAUCUGACGUCUGCCGCUGGAAAAUCAGGGGCCUGUUGAGCGAUGUUGGAAGAGGAAACAGAUCAAACCUAUGAGAAUGUCCUGGCUGAGAUUCAGUCUUUCGAGCUGCCUAUUGAAGCUACUUUAAGGUCUGUGUAUGAUGACCAACCAAAUGCGCACAAGAAGUUUAUGGAAAAGUUAGAUGCUUGUAUCCGUAAUCAUGACAAGGAAAUUGAAAAGAUGUGUAAUUUUCAUCAUCAGGGUUUUGUAGAUGCUAUUACAGAACUCCUUAAAGUAAGGACUGAUGCAGAAAAACUGAAGGUGCAAGUUACUGAUACCAACCGAAGGUUUCAAGAUGCUGGAAAAGAGGUGAUAGUCCACACAGAAGAUAUCAUUCGAUGUAGAAUUCAGCAGAGAAAUAUUACAACUGUAGUAGAAAAAUUGCAGUUAUGCCUUCCUGUGCUAGAAAUGUACAGUAAGCUGAAAGAACAGAUGAGUGCCAAAAGGUACUAUUCUGCCCUAAAAACUAUGGAACAAUUAGAGAAUGUGUACUUUCCCUGGGUUAGUCAAUACCGGUUUUGUCAGCUCAUGAUAGAAAAUCUUCCCAAACUCCGUGAGGAUAUUAAAGAAAUCUCCAUGUCUGAUCUCAAAGACUUUUUGGAAAGUAUUCGAAAACAUUCUGACAAAAUAGGUGAAACAGCAAUGAAACAGGCACAGCAUCAGAAAACCUUCAGUGUUUCUCUGCAGAAACAAAAUAAAAUGAAAUUUGGGAAGAAUAUGUAUAUAAAUCGUGAUAGAAUUCCAGAGGAAAGGAAUGAAACAGUGUUGAAACAUUCACUUGAAGAAGAGGAUGAGAAUGAAGAAGAGGUCUUAACUGUUCAGGAUCUUGUUGAUUUUUCCCCUGUUUAUCGAUGUUUGCACAUUUAUUCUGUUUUGGGUGACGAGGAAACAUUUGAAAACUAUUAUCGAAAACAAAGAAAGAAACAAGCAAGACUGGUAUUGCAACCCCAGUCGAAUAUGCAUGAAACAGUUGAUGGCUAUAGAAGAUAUUUCACUCAAAUUGUAGGGUUCUUUGUGGUAGAAGAUCACAUUUUACAUGUGACCCAAGGAUUAGUAACCAGGGCAUACACUGAUGAACUUUGGAACAUGGCCCUCUCAAAGAUAAUUGCUGUCCUUAGAGCUCAUUCAUCCUAUUGCACUGAUCCUGAUCUUGUUCUGGAGCUGAAGAAUCUUAUUGUAAUAUUUGCAGAUACUUUACAGGGUUAUGGUUUUCCAGUGAACCGACUUUUUGACCUUUUAUUUGAAAUAAGAGACCAAUACAAUGAAACACUGCUUAAGAAAUGGGCUGGAGUUUUCAGGGACAUUUUUGAAGAAGAUAAUUAUAGCCCCAUCCCUGUUGUCAAUGAAGAAGAAUAUAAAAUUGUCAUCAGCAAAUUUCCCUUUCAAGAUCCAGACCUUGAAAAGCAGUCUUUCCCAAAGAAAUUCCCCAUGUCUCAGUCAGUGCCUCAUAUUUACAUUCAAGUUAAAGAAUUUAUUUAUGCCAGCCUUAAAUUUUCAGAGUCACUACACCGGAGCUCAACAGAAAUAGACGAUAUGCUUAGAAAAUCAACAAAUCUGCUGCUGACCAGAACUUUGAGUAGCUGUUUACUGAACCUUAUUAGAAAACCUCAUAUAGGUUUGACAGAGCUGGUGCAAAUCAUCAUAAACACAACACACCUGGAGCAAGCUUGUAAAUAUCUUGAGGACUUUAUAACUAACAUUACAAAUAUUUCCCAAGAAACUGUUCAUACUACAAGACUUUAUGGACUUUCUACUUUCAAGGAUGCUCGACAUGCAGCAGAAGGAGAAAUAUAUACCAAACUGAAUCAAAAAAUUGAUGAAUUUGUUCAGCUUGCUGAUUAUGACUGGACAAUGUCUGAGCCAGAUGGAAGAGCUAGUGGUUAUUUAAUGGACCUUAUAAAUUUUUUGAGAAGCAUCUUUCAAGUGUUUACUCAUUUGCCUGGGAAAGUUGCUCAGACAGCUUGCAUGUCAGCCUGCCAGCAUCUGUCAACAUCCUUAAUGCAGAUGCUACUGGACAGUGAGUUAAAACAAAUAAGCAUGGGAGCUGUUCAGCAGUUUAACUUAGAUGUCAUACAGUGUGAAUUGUUUGCCAGCUCUGAGCCUGUGCCAGGAUUCCAGGGGGAUACCCUGCAGCUAGCAUUCAUUGACCUCAGACAACUCCUUGACCUGUUUAUGGUUUGGGAUUGGUCUACUUACCUAGCUGAUUAUGGACAGCCAGCUUCUAAGUACCUUCGGGUGAAUCCAAACACAGCCCUUACUCUUUUGGAGAAGAUGAAGGAUACUAGCAAAAAGAACAAUAUAUUUGCUCAGUUCAGGAAGAAUGAUCGAGACAAACAGAAGUUGAUAGAGACAGUCGUGAAACAGCUGAGAAGUUUGGUGAAUGGUAUGUCCCAGCACAUGUAGACCUCACAUGGCUUGCACUCAGUGACACCAAAUCCAUGAUUCAACGUUGAUCUUGAGCAAGUAUUGGUCAUGAUACAGUAAUUUGUUUACAGAAUCCAAAAAUACAAUAGAGAAGAUACAUGAGGGCUUAAACAAGAAAUAGUAAUAAAUAUCAUUUGUAUGGAUUUUUAAAUAAUCGAAUACUAUUUUAUAUAUGGAAAAAAAUGACCAUUUUUUCACUUUUAGGGGAAAAUGCAAAAGUGUAAUACACAAAUUGUCACAAAUUAUACAUGAAAUUGAUUACAAAUACAUUUGAAAAACAUAUGCCUCUACUCAUAAGUAUUUUUUUCUAUUUAGACUUGAAUGAUAAUCUGUUUUUUGAUCAGUAUAUGGCUUUGGAAUUCAAUCAUGUCUGAUAUGGUAAUAUUUCGCUACCAUUUUCUGACUUUUAGCUUUUAUUUUCACCUCAAUGUGAUUUAAGCAGACCAAAAUUUCUAAUUCUGCUAAUUCUGAAGGGGAAAUAGACAAAUCUUUAAAGCUGCCUGAAAUCAAACUUGAUUUAACUCAGUAAGAAUGUGAAUUAUUUGUUCUACUUGGGUGGUUUAAUUUAAUCGUUCUGAAUAUGAACAAAAGGUUUUGGAUUUUCUAAAGAUGCAGUGUUGUUUCUGUUCAUCAGGGUUAAUAUUUCUAACUAUAUUGCUUGUAGGUGACCCCAUUCUGGAUUUGUUUGGUUUGGUUUGGUUCCAGUUAAAAGAGAGGACAGGAACUAAAUGGGGCUAACCACUUCAGGUGCAGCUUGUGCGAGGGUAGAUGGUUCCUGCACACAGAAGUUACCACAGGGGUCAGGUUACUUUCUUCAACUAGCAGAUUUCAGUACUUUAUCCUCAUUGUGGAAACAAGCCAAACCAAAUGAACUCUGGAAAACCUAAAACAAAUGUACAUUUUCCUUUGUGUAUGUUUCCGUGGUCCAAAUGGCAAUAUAAAUCCAGUCUUUAUUCUCCCUUUGUUGUAUUUAUGCUGAAUCUUUCCUUUGCCUUUUCAGGAUUUAGGCCUGUAAGAAACUAUGCCUGACUCUGUAAAAUAAGUGUAAAGAAUUAUAUGUACAUCUCUGGAUUUUGUGAUGUAAUAUUAAAAAUAUUGAGCAAGUUGUUGAAAA